AUGGAGAAACGAGAGGUUAUUUUAUAUUGUGAUCUUCAUGGCCAUAGUAGGAAAGAGAACAUCUUCAUGUAUGGCUGUGAUGGUAGUGACAGAUCUAAAACAUUAUACUUACAGCAACGAAUCUUCCCACUUAUGCUGAGCAAAAAUUGUCCAGAUAAAUUUUCAUUCUCAGCUUGCAAGUUUAAUGUCCAGAAGAGCAAAGAAGGAACAGGAAGGGUGGUAAUGUGGAAAAUGGGAAUCAGGAACAGCUUUACCAUGGAGGCGACCUUUUGUGGAUCUACUCUGGGUAAUAAGCGAGGCACUCAUUUCAGUACAAAGGACCUGGAAUCAAUGGGAUAUCAUUUUUGUGAUUCUCUCUUGGACUACUGUGAUCCCGACCGGACCAAGAAAAAACAUUUGAAAACAAAUAAGGAAAGGAAUUCUACUAUAGCAAGCCACCAAAAUGCCAGAGAAGGACAAAAGGUUUAUGAUAGAGGACAUUUACUGCAAAGACACAAAGAAUCAAAUUCUGACGUGAAAGAUACAAGGCCAAAUGAACCAGAUGAUUAUAUGGUUGAUUAUCUCAGAAGACAGUUACCUGAUCAAGGUUUGGAUCUGCACCACAACUUAAAAAGCAAAAUAAAAGAAUGUAUAUCUUUCCAAGGCAAGAAGACUGGCAUAAAUUGGACAGAUGAUGAAAAAAGAAUCUACAAGGAUAAAGGAAAAGCUCAAACUCAAGAAACAUUGCAGUAUUUGCUCCCCAUCAUGCAUAGCACUAAAAACAUGCAAACCACUCAGAUAAAUCAGCUAUUCAAUCCAAGAACCAACUUCCAAAUCCAACAUCAACUAAAUCCGGCUACUUGCAAAAAUAUAAAGAAAUACAGCACAUCUUGGAUAGCACCCAGAAAUCAACCUUUUAUAAUCCAAGGGGAUGUUAUGGCAAACUCUUCAGAAUGGGUCCAGUCUAAGCCCCACAGGUCAUUUGAAAGUUUAUCACCUCUCAAAGUCCCCAAGAAGAAUAAACAUUCUCAAAUCUGGGCCAUAAAGAAUGAAGACAUAAAACCUCUCAGCAGCAAGUGGGAGACUGCUUCUUCAAGCUUUGAAAUGGAUGCAAAUGUUCUAAAAUAUAAGAGUCUUCAAGCUGAAGAAACUAACCAGCAAAGCUCUAAGCAUACAACCCUCCAUCUAACUAAAAAUAAGGAUGAGCAGGCCAAUAAGAAUGACGGACAACCCUUACAUCUGAAGUUCCAAAGGGAGAGUUAA